CUUUCACCUAACAUGGCGGGCUUGCGAUAGCCACUUCCUGUUUUUGCAGUCAAACCCAGAAGUAGAUCAGGUUGUUAUGCACCAUGUCUAACAUCGUGCUUUAUGAGGCUCUGCAUCAGUACGAUCCUGACAAAUACCAGCAUGACGAGAACAACAUCCCGAUCAGUCCCGGCGACCAGCUCGAAGUCGACUUGUCUCACCCAGAUAACACACAGUUUGCAGACAUGCCGGAGACUCCUGAGGGCUGGCUAUAUGGGUGUAACCUCAAACAGGGUUCCGUGGGAUUCUUCCCAGGUGACAAAUAUGUUAAGUAUAUUGGCCGAGGCAACACACACACAGUUCCAAGUCUUCCACCGAAACGUCCAUCAUUAGUUCAUGCCGUUAUAGAGCACUGUGGUCAGGGGGAUUUCGCCAAUGACAGUGGUUACGAAGGUACCCCAGGUCCUCCAAAGCUUCCCCACAGACUAGUGGACACGUAUUUUGUGAAACCCGUCUUCUGCUUCCAAUGCCACGACUAUAUAUGGGGUACAGGAAAAGUAGGCAAAAAGUGUGACUCUUGUGGCAAGUGCUUCCAUAUUGGCUGUGCUAACACGUUGGCAAUCUCUGCUUCACACUGUAGUCGGGACCGAAGUAUCAAACACACCAUUACAUCAGACCAAUUUGUGCAAAUAGAAAAUUGGACAGUGAACAAUGUCUUAGACUGGAUGGCAGCCCUGAACAUUUACCGUUACGCCGAGCUGUUCCGCGAAAAACAAAUCUCUGGCAAGGACCUCAAGACGAUGGAUGAGGACAAACUAAGGAAAAUGGGAAUAAAGGACGAGUUUCAUCAGAAAUCAAUUCUAGUUUGCAUUGACGAACUCUGCGGACAAAACCCAGACAAUCAACCCUACGCCUCUAGUUUGCCACCUCCUGGUCAAUGUGUAGAAAUGGAAGCGGCAAGCUGUGACGCAGCAUCAGCCCACCGUUUCGACGAGUACAACUUCUCGUCGAUGCAGCGCUGUCACUUGUGUGACAAAUUCCUCUACGGACUGAUGCGCCAGGGCUUGCAGUGUCGCGAGUGUGGACUGUGCUGUCACCGGUUCUGUUCGGCCACGCACCCCACCGAGUGCAACGUACCCAAGCUGGAACACCUUCGCAGACCCAGCUUCUCGCAGUUUGCUGUGUUUGGUUCCGACCUCACAGAAGAAGUUCAGAAAUCACACUGUCAAGGGGCACCAUUUGUCGUGGCUAAAUGCAUUGAAGAAAUCGAACUCUGGUGUCAAGAACAUCAAACUGAAGCACUUAGUGUUUACAGAAUAUCGGCCAAAACGGAAGAUAUCAACGCAAUAAAGGCAGCCUUCAGUAUGGGUGACCCCUCGCAGUUGAACUUGUCAUCAUACGGUGUGCACAGCGUGGCGGGCGUGUUGAAGAAGUAUCUGCGAGAACUGCCAAACCCCGUCAUCCCAGUCGAGUUCUACAGUCAGUUCAUCGAAGCAGCAAGAAAUAAGAGUGAGACGAGAAAGUCGCUGGUUGACUUGGUGGACUCCCUCCCCGUACCUCACAAGUCCACACUAUACUAUCUCAUGUCUCAUUUCUGUCGUCUUUGGUGCUACCAGCACGAGUCUGGCGUCGCUGACGGGCUCGAUAAACUGUCUCACGUAUUCUGUCACAUCCUGCUACGUCCGCCAUGGGAACAGAUAAUAGAAAUCAUCGAAAAUACAAAAACGCACAUUGACAUUUUUGAAGAAUUAUUGAGAAAUGGCAACUGGGGAGUUGAGAUACCGCCCAUCCCAUCCCCUCCAAUUCUUCCUCCACGUGUGAGGAGUGAUGAGCCUCCGUCUGGCUUCAUGUCGCCCGUGUCUCCUGAGGAGCGUCUGAAGGAAGCUGAGUGGUACUGGAGCAACAUCUCACGCGAAGACGUCAACGAGAAGUUGCAGGACUCACCAGACGGAACAUUCCUGGUUCGAGACUCAGCAACUCCAGGAGACUACACUUUAACCCUCAAGAAGGGAGGCAGCAACAAAUUGAUCAAGAUCUACCACAAGGACAACAAGUACGGGUUUGUGGAGCCGCUCGAGUUUGACUCGGUCGUCGAGCUUAUUCAGUAUUAUCAGCAUAAUUCUCUCGCCAUCUACAACAAGACCCUCGACAUCAAGCUGCUGUAUCCAGUCAGCAGGGGAAGCAGCACGGACGGCAGCACGGCUGACGACGUGGUGAAGAAGAUGUCGACUCUGAUCACGGUGAACAACGAGUACCUGACGAAGACGACACAGUAUGACAAUCUGUACGAGAAGCACUCGAAGACCUCGCAGGAGCUGCAGCUGAAGCACCAGGCCCUGGAUGCCUUCAAGGAGACGCUGCUGGUCUUCGACGAACAGCUGGAACUUCACAGGCGCUUCCACAAAGAGGCCCAGCAAAACGAAAUCCAAAGAUUGCACGAGAAUCUUGAACUACUGAAGUCUCGGUACUUGGGGAUUCAGGAGAGUAAGAGCGGUCUUGAGGUUGAGAUUAACCGCAAGUCGAACCAGAACCGGACGUUCAUCAGCGACAUGAACAGCCUGAAGCCAGAGAUCAAGCGCCUGUACCGCCAGAGGGAGGAGCUCAAGAAGUGGCUCAUCGACCACGGCAAGACGCAGGACCAGCUCGACAACCUGCUGGAGGAGAGAAAUGAUGCUUUUGAUCUUCCGUCAGAAAAUGAUAAUCAGCAUCAAAAUGAGAAUCUGUGGUUUUUGAACUGUGAUCGGGAAACGGCCGUGGAAAUGUUACAGAACAAACGACACGGGACAUUUCUCAUCAGACCAAAGAGGGAGGAAGGAAACGUCCAUGUUUUGUCUAUUAAGUGUAAUUCUAUUGUUGGUCAUGCGAAGAUUCAUCACCGAGAAAUGGGCUAUGGUUUUGCCGACCCAUACUUCAUCUUUCCAACGUUAAAGGACCUUGUGUUACAUUAUCAAAUGACCUCCUUGGCUGAGCAUAACAACACUUUGGACGUGCAUCUUAUGUACCCUGUGAGGGCCCCUUGCGAUCCUAUAUACUUACGAAUGCAGACGCCUUGAGUGAGAGUAAACUUGUACAUAUUGAUGGUGUGAAUGUCGACCUGUGGGGAUGCUUCAGAUAUUAGCAUUAAUGUGAUAUAAAACAAAAUGUUAAAAGUGGCAGCAAAGAGCUGCGACUAUUGUCCGAUGAAGAGAAAAGACGAGCCACCGUAACAAUGAAGCAGUGGUUAGGGUUGCGCUGUUUAUGAGACGGUGAUAGCAGUGAACUUCUUUAAGUGACACGAUCGUGUAUAUUGGUGUUGAUAUAAGACUUUUUCAUAGCAGCACGGUAAAACAAUUGAUGACGUGGCAAUGAUAAAAAAAAGUAACAGGGCUUUAGAUUGCAUCCAAUAGCCAAUGUGUGUUUUUGUGCUUGGGCGUUGUUAAACAUUUAUACAUUUCAUUUUCAUGGCUUAAAGAAAAUAUUUUAAAAUGUUGAAUCUUUUUUCUUUCUUUUUUAAUGUUUUAAAUGCCCUCCAGUCAUCCAAUGACUUUCUUCUGUUUUUCAAAUGAUGCCAUUGAUAAUUUGUGGUUACAUAUUAUGCUGAGUAAAUCAAUAUUUUAGGUUAAAUACUCUUUAAGAUAAUCUUAAGGAUUCAGUGGCCAAAAAUGUUUCAGCCAGUUUGUUGGCGGUGCUCAUAAACACUGUCCAGAUUGGGAGAGAUCUAAAGCCCUGACUAGAGUAAGGUUCGGUGCUGGAUCUAGAACAAAUUGUCAUCUUAGCAUUGUCAAGUACAGCGGUCACUAUUCUACAAUAAAUCAAGGUAAGAGAAUUGACAGUAAGCUGGCAUGGGAAGCAGUAAGGAUGAAGUGACAUUGACUACAGGAAGUUGUGGUUAAUGAAGUGAAAAUGCAAUAAACUGGCUGAUGAAGUGUCAAUAACUGCAGUAAACUGGCCGAUGAAGUGUCAAUAACUAUGUUAAACUGGCUGAUGAAGUGUCAGUAACUACAGUAAACUCUGGCUGAUGAAGUGCUGAUAACGGUAGCACACUGUGACUACAAUAGUUUGAUGAGACAGUGCUCAAAAUACUGUGUUGUUAUAUUUUGACAAAUAUUGGUGCUUACAGACGUUCCCCUCUUCUUACCUAACAUUCAGCUGUUCCAAGUGUGUAUAAACUGAAUUGGUUUCAUCAACAACAACAACAAGACAAAAGGAAAGGACAUUAUGAAAAGCAUGCAUAUUCCAGUGAUGUUGAUGUGUAUAUAUGGCUCGUAUUAAAGAUGUGCUAACAAUGUUCAGGAGCCAGGGUGUAUGUUGAGACGAACGAAACAGUUUUAUCUCAAAUGUGAUUGUGAGUUCUGGGUCCAGUGAAUGAUGCCAGUGUCUCGUGUGAUGACGAGGAUGACGACGACGAUGAUGAUGAUGAUGAUGAUGACUACCGAUUCCGGUUUACUAAACACUCCUGUGAUUUCGUUGUGCGAUGAUUCCAGUGAUUUGGUUCAGAGAUGAUUAUAUUGGUUUUUCACAAGACAUAUUUGUAUGCGAUCAGUGAUUUUUCCCAGUGAUUGAAUCAGGUGAUAUCAUUAUAUGUUUUGACUUCUUUUUUCUUUUUUUUGUAAACACGUAUCCUGGAGCACAGGUCUGUUUAUAUUUACUUGGAAACUGAUGGAUCUUGUAAGGGGGAUGCUGUCACACUUGGAAAAACAGUCAUGCAUAUGAUUUAUAAUGGCAUUAUGUGAAAAAAACUAAACAUAAAGAGAAAGAACAAUGAUUCUUUGUCAACUCUCUUUAUGUUCCUGAUUCAGGUAUCUUGUGGUGCAUCCUACUAAUUACAUGUACAUUUGUGACUUUACAUAAAACUGUGAAGAAAAAACCGUGAUUUGUUACCUGUUGAGUUUUAUAUAUUUUAGUCAAGAGCACGAAUGACUGACCCUUUGCUCUGAUUGUGAACAUUUCAAGAAACAACUACCUAGGCACACAAAGUUUGCAAUUUGCCUAAGGCAUACUGUAUCUUUUCUUCUUUUUUUUUCAGUAAGGAGAUUGUGUCAUGUGAUUACAUUGAUUUUAUACUACUGAAAUGAUAUCACUCUAUGAUCUUUUUAAUGUAGUUGAAAAUCUUUAAAAUGUUAAUGAGUUUUGUUUGUGCUAGGAGGAACAGUGCCAUGCUGAGUUAUGUAUUGUGAUAGAACAAAAUGACGACUAAAGAAUAAUAUGUUAAUGUGAUUAUUCAUUUUUUAUUUUUUCACAUAUUUUUUAUUGAGGUAAAUUGAUUAGGUUUUUUAUUAUUAUUAUUAUUGUUGUUGAGAUGGGGAAGGGGGUUGCCUAAAACGGUCUGCAUCAAAUGGGGACCUGCUGUUUUGGGUAACUGAUGCUGUCUGCCAUUUAUAAAGUCAACAAAAGACAAUUUUGUUUGUUACACAGUACAAUACAAAUGGCAUGCGAUUAGCUUCCCGGAUCCUUUUUUUUUAUGACUAGUUGAGAUACACACAGGGUGAAGAUUGGAUACCAGAACUUAAACAUACUUCUGUCAGUUACACAUCCCAAAAUGUUCAUUUGACAUUUCACAGUCACAAAUACAUGUAUAGUAUAAAAUCAUUUCUCUAUGGUAUGCGAUUUUAUACAAUUAAUGACAGUUUUACAUCGAUAAACUUACAAAAAAAUGACAAACAAUUCUUAUGUAUAUCAUCUGGGUCGCGUGAAUGAAAAACUGGAAGUUAGUUUAUAAUGGCCUUCAAAUACAAAUUUUAAUAAAGUUUUUGAUUUUUUAAUGUAAAUUACUUAACUGUUUAUGAGUGGAAUUGGAGAGAAUAAAAUAAAAUAAAUAAAUAAAUAAAUGGUCUUACAGAGCACACCAGUGUGAACUAGAUGUCGGUCUGUCUUGGGAUGAACACUCUUGUUUGAUUAAAACAACCAUUUCUUUCCGUCUUGAGCACUCAUGUGAGUUCGCGAGAAACAGAAAUAGCUCAGUGUUUCUUCUUCCACUGGUGAGCUUAAAACUUGUUUGUUGACGGCUCUCUGUUCUCUAUUUAGAAAGGUGAAUAUUUUCCACUGAUCGCACAUUUGUUUAUAGCACUUGUUAAGGAACCGGAACUUGUUCUCUCUGUGGUAACAAACAUUUGGUUAGUUUUCAAGAACUCGUUUUGUCAGUUCUGCUCCUAUUACUGAGCUUUUCAUUUGUCAGUGAUAAAAAUGUUUUUUUAAAACAUAAUACACAUGUACAUGUAAUCAUAAUCAAAUUUAGAAUGAUAAAAACAGAGGCCAGGCUUUUAUUCAGGGAGGGUCAUUUUGGUGGUAUCCAGGGAGAUGGUUGGAGAGGGAGGGAAGGGAGGGAGAAGGUAACACUAUGCAGUUUUGGAGUUUUCAUCUACCUCAUCCUCUACUGAAAGACUGGCCUGCUGUCGGAAUCAGCUGUUGUAUUUGCUGUUCGAACGUGUGUGUAUUUGCUUUUUGUGAUUUUCAACUUGAGGAGAAUCGGUCAUGGGUGUUGGUUGCAUAUUUGUAGCCACAGUUGUCAUAUGUGGCUUUAUUUUAUUAUCAAAAUGGAACAACCAUUUACAACUUUGAUACAAGUCUUUAAAUGUCUAUUUAAUGCCUGUUUUUAAUUGGGUUGGGGGGGGGGGUAAUAGAAUUGGGAAAUAAUUUAAGAUUUUGAGAAAUUGGCCUGUUUUGUCUUGUAUGUCAAUAUUUUUAUGAAAAAGUUCUUUAUUGAUUACGAUAUCCUAUAUUUUCAACCAGUGCAGAAAUACUAUGAGACUAAUUAGGUAGCUGUUUAGCUAGACCAUUUGUGAUCAUUGAUCAUUUAGUUAUGAAUAUGAGUUUUAGGUCCACCAAGAGUUGAACACAAAUCUGUGUAUGAUGCUCAUAACACUGUGAAUUUUUAAUAUAAAUAUUGAAUCUUUCAAUCAAAAUUCAGAACUGUUGAAGUUUCAGUUUGAUUACAAAAGUUGAAACAAAUAUCUUCUUCAAGUUUGUGUUAAAAGUCUUCUGAAAUGUGUGGCCAAAAAAACAAAAAACAUUUUGAUUUACUUAAAAAUGUGAUACGGACCUGAAAUUCGUUUUUAUUUAUUCGCAACCACAUUCCUGUAUUAACAGUUUACAUGUCGGUUUAAUUUUGUUUGUCAACCUUUACUGAUUUCUGUAAUAUUUUGAAGUAUAUUUCGUUAUUUGUCAGUAUAUUGCUAAUGUUUUUAAUUUGUAUUAUCAAUCUACAUGUAUCAGUACCCAUGACCGAUUAUCUAUCAUAAAACAAUAAUGGCAAAUAGGGUUUAAUUACUCUAAAUGAGUUAAUUAACUUGAUAGCUUUACUGCUAAAUAUUUUUUAUGGAAUAGAUACAUAUAUAUAUAUAUAUAUUUUUAUAUAAAACAAAAUUUAGUAAUCACAUUGCCAGAGAUAAAUUGAUGAAGCAGUCAUUAAAUGUUAAUCCUUUUGUAUUGUAUUUCUAACCAUUCAUUUUUUUUUCAGGUUUAGUUUUUAGCAAGUUGAAAAAUGUUUUAGUAUUUUCUCUGCCGUUUAUUCUUAGUAAAAGUGCAAUACUCGAUUAAUUUUUCGAAAUUUGUCAUAGUUUUAAUGAACUAAUAUGUAUUUAUACAGUUUUUAUUGUAGUUUUCUUCUGAUCGAUCUGUUAGUUGAGUAAAAUUGUCCUUCCUGUAAAAUAAAGCAAAAAAAGUCACUAUACAUACACAUUACUGAAAAAUCCUGUUAGAUACAUAUGAAUACAGAAAAAUAUUUAUGAAGACAGCUGUAAUAUAACACAUUUUUAUAUUUCUCAGUUAAAAAUGCUGAUUGUACUGGGUUAGAAGUUUGCAAGAGGAAUGAGUAAAUAGAUAUAUUAUUGGGGGGGGGGGGGUCUUGGUGUCAGUGGCAUCAUCAUUAAGCCAUUUGCUUUAAGGCUGGUAGGUACUCGGUUCACAUCCCUGUACUGCAUUGUGCCGGUUCAGUGGAAAACAUGAAUGGCAGAUACACUGACAGACAACCCAGAUAGCUGAGGUGUGUGACCUGGACAGCGUGCUUGAACCUUAACUGGAUAUAAGCGUACAGAAGUCCAGAUGAAAUGAAAUUUUCUCACAAAAUAAUAAAUCAACAGUCAUUAAUAAAUCGGUAAUCUAUAUUCAUGUCAUGUUACAUUAAGGACUUGAGAAUGUUUGAUGUUGGAUAUAACAACAUCUGAGUACAGUGCUCUUGCAAAGGUCGAAGAAACAAAUGUAUUUACAUGUAGUAAAAACUGGUGUAGCAGAUUGAUUUGAGAAAUGAAGAUGAAAGCAAAACAUGGAACGAAAGUAAUUUCUGAAACUGUUGAAAGGACUCGUCGUCGUAUUUUUGAUUCAGCAUUAAUGCCUAACAUGGAUGUGAUAUUUUAGGUUUUUAAAGAAUUUUUUUUUUCAGUUUUAUUUUUAACAUCUUUGGCCUAACUCAGUCUGACACAGCAAAACAGAAAAUGGAUAUAAUAAUCCUUUAAAAUAUUAAUGUCAUAUUAAUUCUUUGCCAUGCUGUCUGCAUAUUUGUGCCUAUUCACACCGAAACUUGAGCUCUAGCGUAUUGUACGUGAUAUUAAAAUAUCACUCUAUGGUACAUUAUAGGUCUUCAGACAAGAUUGAUAUAGCUAAAAAUGUUUUAUUUGUUGUGAGAUUAUAAUGGACAUUGAUAAUCGCAACAAAGAGUGAAGAAACAGCCAUUUCUAGUAGAAUAACAGUUAACCGAUUCUUUGGCACACUGCUACACAAAAACCAUUUAAAAAAAUCUUCUUUUUAAAGUUAUAUAUAAAUGGUAUAUAGAAAAUAGCAAAGGGAAUGUUCUGUUUCUAGUCAUAUGUGUUGCAGAACUCUUGCUACUUUUUCCACAGGAAUUGACAGGAUUCUUCACUGAGAUUGUAAAUUGUGUAUGGGUAGUUGUGUGUCCGUCUAUGUCAGUAUCUGUGUGUGUGUCAUGGAGCUAGUAUCAUUGUGUUGCAUUCUGUUCACUCCAACCUGUGCCUCAGUUAUAAACUGUUCGUCUCAGCAAAAAUGCUGGCAGAAUGAAACAUUAAAUAUACAAAACAAA